AUGCCGUUCGACCCACCUUUCUCUGUUCUCAACAAGCCCUCUGGUUACGCUGACUAUGCUGCAAUCGCAGCCUUCAGUUUUGCAUGGGGCACAUAUCUUCUCAAAGGAAAGGCGUGGGACAGACCCGACCCCUAUCAUCAUGUUUGGUUUGAGAAGCCUCAGCUUGCAUAUACUGCAACCAGUGGUAAACUCAAAGAGACUCGGGAUAUCUCAAAGAAGAUUGAGGCCACAGUGAGGCGAUUUCGACAGCCGCAGAUAAUCUCCAGUUUAAUACUGACACGGCCGCAGAAUGAUAAGAUCGUAAUCUUCUGGGGAUCCCAAUCUGGAACAGCAGAAGGCUUCGCAAACCGCCUUGGCCGAGAAUUUCACUCGCGGUUCCGGCUAACUGCCCUGGUAGCAGAUAUGUCUGACUACGACAUGGAGACUCUUGAGCACAUCACGAAAGAAACAUUGGUAGUUUUUAUCGCGUCAACCUUUGGCGAGGGUGACCCUAGCGAUAACACUGCUGGGCUCUGGCAUUGGAUUCGCUCUGCCGAAGCAUCCCUUGGGCGCCUGCGCUAUUUCGCCUUUGGACUCGGCAACAGCAACUACAAAUACUAUAACAAGGUCAUUGAUGUCAUUGCAGAAUCACUUGAUGCCCUUGGGGCACAGCGACUCAUGCCAGUGGGAAGGGCGGAUGAUGCCAAAGGUGCGACUGAGGAAGAUUUCAUCACAUGGAAGGAAGAGUUCUUUGGCUACCUUACGCGGACUCUCGGCCAAGCAGAGUAUAGUGUGGUGUACGAACCUUCACUAUCAGUGGAGCAAGACACAUCACUCGACCUUAUCGAUCUUCACCAAGGAGAGCCAAUGGUAGAUAACAAAAUCUUGUUCGGAUCAUCAGCCGUGAAACCCUUGCCCAUCAAGGACAUGCGAGAGUUGUUCAGUACUUCGGCUGGUCGGAAUUGCUUGCAUGCUGAGUUAGACCUCACUGACUUUCCCGAGAUGAACUACAAGACUGGUGACCAUCUCAACAUCUGGCCAAGCAACCCAAAUGCUGAAGUCGAGCGAAUCCUCAAGCAGCUCGGACGUUUCCAUGAAGCCGAUGUGCCUAUCUCGAUCAAAAGUUUGAUUGGAACGAAGGUCAAGAUGCCCACACCAACAACCUUGUCAGCACUUUUGCGAUACUACCUCGAGAUAUGUUCCCCUGUCUCUCGCGAGACGGUCGCCCAACUUGCCCAGUUUGCACCUUCAGAAUCUUCUCGCCUAUUCUUGGAGGGAAUUUCACGAGACCGUUCGACAUAUUCAGCUUUCCUCGCAGUGAAACACUUGACUGUUGGCAGGUUGUUAGAGAUCUCCACUAGCUCUGAACCGACGCCUUGGUCAUCUUUACCCUUGUCUUUUCUCCUGGACAUCCUUCCAGUGAUGAGACCAAGAUCAUACUCAAUCUCGUCUUCUUCCAUAGUUUCUCCACGCGCACCUAGCAUCACCGCAGUUGUCACACAAACAGUCCUCCAAGAUCCAACGGGAGGUCAGAUCACGAUCCCUGGUCUGACGACAAGCUUGUUACUGGCUCAUCAUGUCCAAGACAAUGAUACAUACUCUCUCCAGGGUCCUGGUACCGCUCUUGAGAGUCGUAAAGUCUACGCGCAGAUCCGCAAAUCAAAGUUCAAGCUUCCAGCUCUUGCAAGUCAACCUAUUAUCAUGGUCGCGGCGGGAACGGGCAUCGCACCAUUCAGAGGCUUUAUACAAGAACGUGCUCGCAUGAAGCAAGUAGGCAAGCCUUGUGGGAAGAUGCUUCUCUACUUUGGAUGCCGAAGCCCCGAUGAAGACUACAUCUACUGUGAAGAGUUGGCACAAUUACAAGCAGUGCUGGAAGAUAAGCUCUGCAUUGUGACGGCUUUCUCCCGCUACAAAGGCGAAAAGGCUUAUGUACAGGACCGCAUCCUCGAAGACAAAGACAGGAUUUUUGGCAUGCUGACAGAAGCAAAUGCGAACCUUUACAUAUGUGGCUCAGCGACAAUGGCCAGAGAGGUCAACAACGCCAUCGGCAGUAUCAUCAAGGAGGGAAACGCUUGGACAGAUGGAGAGAUCAAGACUUGGNNACUGGAAACAAAGAAGAAGACAAGAAAGUUCCAGGAGGAUGUUUGGGGAUGA